UUCUUCAUUCAGUAGCCACCAACACAAAGUUUUUAGGUGAUCACUCAGCCUGCCCAAAAAUGCGUUCUCAAGUCCAACUACUUGAUUUAUAAACGAGAGUUGCUGGCAAUCAAGAUAAAGAGCGCACGAUGGCAGCAUCUCCGGACUCACAUGACCUGUUCACAAAUGAAACUUGGGUAUGGGUUUUCAGUGACCCUGCCGCAGGAGGCAGUCCAUCUGAAAGAUUUGGUUGGAAGCUUGCGGGCCCCGUGUUUGUGGGUUUUCUUGUAAUGGCGUUUCCUUUGACCGCUUUACUAAUGUUUCUAUCCCAUCGUCAAGAGGCUCGGAGGAAGAAGAAGAAGAACGAGCUGAAGGCUAAGAAGGACUCUCUAGUGACGAUGGCGAUGCAAAGGAAGCAAAAUUUCUGCUUGGAGGAAACUAUAUCUUCCGACCCGUCAGGAGAAUCUGUAGUGGGGUUUCACGGUCCACCAGAGCAAAGUCCUCAAAGUGGAAGGCAGGAUGAUGGGCAGCGUUGCAUGAUAUGCUCCGCGCCCAUGGACUCGUGGCAGUUACUCUAUGAAUCGAACAACUCGCGUUGUUGCCACCGUUUUCAUGCAGAGUGCAUCGAACGAUGGGUGCAGUUCCAAAACACUUGCCCAGUGUGCAGCGAGCCGUUUGUCAUCCUCUUUGCUCCGCAGCAAGGCCCAUGA